AUGUCAAAUGUAGAGCGACCAGAGCCCGUGAGGGGAUACGCUAGCCAGGAACCCAUGAGAGCCGUGCCUGCUUCACAAGCAAAGAAUGAAUGCCAGGAAGCACCUAGGCGCCACUCAGCGCAAAGCACACACGAGCGCCAGGCGGUCCGUGGUAACGAGGCUGAUGAUGCAGAUUCAGCGACAAGGAAACGUGACCGCGAGCAUGAAAGUGAAAGUGAAAGUGAAAGUGAAAGCGGAGAAAACAAAUGGUGGGAUCUGGGGGAAGGCAUGACAUGGGGCGCAGGCCACACGCCCACUCCUGAGGCACUUGAUGAUCGCAAAAGAACCACAGAUCGGGCGGAGUCACCCCAGCCAAGAAUAGUCUCCGCCAGCCAGGCGGCAGCCAGAUCGCCCGUGCAGGCUUCUUCGAAGAUGAAAGCAUUUUUGCGCAGAAUCCGGCCGGCGGAAAGGCGGCCAAGGACAAGGCGAAACGACUGCGCCCAACUACGCAGGCAGCAAGAGAACCAAGUCGUAAGAAGGCGGGUGGUUCCACUUGCUUUCGGCCCGCCAGUUAUUGAGCAGGGCAUCUUCCAGCAACGCAUCGACACAACGGUCAAGACGGAGGACAGCAUGAAUUCAGACGUUAUAGACUUGACCAUCAUCAACGAUCCUGCCGUACACGUACAACCUCUGGCGAGGCCCACCGGAAGACAGGUGAUAGAGUUGCUUUUGACCGACUUAGACUUGGACAUCGAGAGAUGCAGCUCUGGUCUCGCUGCGAUUGGCGUCGAAGAUGGGAGAAGCUUCGCCAAGCUCAAGAAUCUCCCAAAGGACCUGCAAGAUGAGUUACUCUUGAAAUUGAGUGAUAAAGGUGGGUGGACGCUGCUUGAAGUCCAACAGCUUAAGGGGUACUUGAGGAUGGACACGUGUCGAGGAUAG